AAAAGUGCCCCGUUUUCUUCGCAUUAGCAAUUUUCGCACAUUUUCGCGUCAUUUUUUUCACAUUCUGUAGUGCUGCGAGAGAGCAGAAAUUAGUGGAAAUUAGCCUAGUGAUCCCUCGUAGUUUGCCAAAGAUGUUGGAUGAAUACCAAGAUGAUUACUUUUUAGAAGAAGAUAAGAUUCCAUCCAAAGAUCCGUCCGUGGAAGCCCCACAGGAGUCCGCGAAUGAACCCGAAUCGGAGGUCAAUGUUGUCGGUUGUCCCUUGAGCACAUCCAAUGCAAUGCUCCAAAACCAAGAAAUUCAGCGACUGGGAAUGACUGUGACCUCAGGGACGGUUGUGAUCAAGAAGGACUCGUCAAACCUCAUCGGCAUCUCAAUCGGGGGCGGAGGACCUCUUUGUCCCUGUCUCUACAUCGUUCAGGUCUUCGACGGGACUCCGGCGUCUCGCGAAGGCACUCUGCAGAGCGGAGAUGAGCUGCUGGGCGUCAAUGGGCAGUCCGUGAAGGGCAAGACGAAGGUGGAAGUGGCCAAGAUGAUUCAAACUGCCGCCGAAGAGGUCACAAUUCACUACAACAAGCUGCACGCGGACCCGGCGCAGGGCGAAUCCCUGGACAUUGUCCUGAAGAAGGUGAAACACCGCCUCGUGGAGGGAAUGUCCAGCAGCACGGCGGACACUUUGGGACUCUCCCGAGCCAUUCUCUGCAACGAUUCCCUGGUGAAGCGCCUGCAGGAGCUUCAGGCCACCGAGGCGAUGUACAGAGGACUCGUGGAGCACGCCAAGAGGAUGCUGAAGGCACACUUUGACCUCCUGCAGACUUACCAGCAGUUUGGCGCCGUCUUCGCCGCGAUCAGCGUCCGGGAACCCCAAGCCAGAGCUUCAGAAGCAUUCCGUCUCUUCGGAGAAAUGCAUCGCAACAUGGACAGAGAUGGCGUGAAGAUGCUGAAGACACUGAAACCAGUCCUGGCAGACGUCGGAACGUAUCUGCACAAAGCCAUUCCUGACACAAAGCUCACAAUCAGGCGCUACGCGGACGCAAAAUUCACUUAUCUGUCCUACUGCUUGAAGGUGAAGGAGAUGGACGAUGAGGAGCACAGCUAUGCCGCUCUCCAGGAGCCUCUGUAUCGCGUGGAGACGGGAAACUACGAGUAUCGCUUGAUUCUGCGCUGUCGCCAGGAAGCCAGAGCCAGAUUUGCGCGCCUCAGAAGCGACGUGCUCGAGAAGAUGGAACUGCUGGAGAGCAAACACGCCCGGGAUCUCACAGGACAGCUGAAGCGCUUCAUCGAGGGCCUCGCCACUCUGGCCAGAGACACCACAGAACGCCUCCAGGCGCACGCUAAUCUCUUCCCAGUUGAAGUGGACCUGAAAGCCAGCGCUUUCCAGUACAAAUCUCCGAGUGGCGUGAUUGAAUCCCCGCCAGAAGACGAUGAUGUGGCGGAAGCGUCUGAGAAUCCCAUUCUGGACACGAUGAUCCUGAAUCUUGACACACCGUCGGCGGAGGAGAAUGACUUGCUGAUGGAACUGGGCUUGAAUGACAUCGAUCUGAGCCAGAGCAUCGGCGAGAGCAGUCAAAUGACGUCUCUUCUGGACAAAAGCUCUGCUGAUGAUCUUCUCACGCCGGAUCUUAUAAAUUGAUUUGCUUCUCCUCAUUUCCGUUCAAUUUCCAACAGGAAUUAUUGUUGAUAUUUAUUGUGAUCAAGUAUACCUUUUCUUAUUUUCCUCCAAUACAAAA